GCAGGCAGAGCCGCCAGAGGAACCAGAGGAGCAGAGAAGCUGAGACCAGCCCAGAAAGCUCCAGCUCUCACACCCAAGCUCCCCUCAGACAUGAAAGUCUCCGCAGCGCUUCUGUGCCUGCUGCUCACAGCUGCCACCUUCAGCAUCCAGACGCUUGCCCAGCCUGAUGCAAUUAAUUCUCCAGUCACCUGCUGCUAUACAUUCACCAAUAAGAAGAUCUCGAUGCAGAAGCUGGUGAGCUAUAAAAGAGUCACCAGCAGCAAGUGUCCUAAAGAAGCAGUGAUCUUCAAGACCAUCGUAAACAAGGAGUUCUGUGCUGACCCAAACCAGAAGUGGGUCAAGGAUUCCAUGGCACAUCUGGACAAGAAAACCCAAACUGCAAAGCCUUGACUUCUCACUCUGAAACUGAAGAAUCUGAAAUUAAUUUAUUUUCUUCUAGCGUUCCCCUAAAUGCCCUCUGAUAUUAUUUUAUUAUAAUUUCAAAGAGUAUGAACUUUGUUUAUUGAUACACACACAAUGCCUUAAGUGCUGUUAAUCUUAUUUAAGUUAUUGAUGUUUAAAAUUGAUCUUCCAUGGAUACUAGUUUGGUUUUUAUCUUAGAUAUGGAGACUUGGACAAAUUGCUUUCCCUUAGGGGGCCCCAGUUCCACCCCUGGGAUGGUGUGAGGGUCCUUGGAGGACCAUUAAUGCAAAGACUGUGCUUUAAAUUCUAAAGGGUUGCUAAAAAUGUUAUUGUGAAGAUGUAUAUUAUAUUACUA